GUUCAUUUUCUUCCUUUCUCUUUCUCCGCGCUGCUUUUUCCUUCAGUCCAUCAUGGCAUCUCCGCGGAUGGAGACUUUCUGCUGCCCGAACCGAGACGCGGCGACAGAGUUUGUGGUCACUUUUCAGCCCGUCUUAUUCGGCGCUUUAAGUCUGGGAAGCGCGGCUUUAAGCCUCUUAUUCGCUAUUUUACAAAUUCUACCAAAACGCAAAGGAUACAGAAGACUCGGGCAGUAUCCUCUGCCAAGGCCUGCGUCCUCCUCGCGGAUAUUGUUCAUCAUCAGUAUAUGUGACAUAUUGGGAUGCACAGGUGUCAUUGUAAGAUCAUCUGUGUGGCUAGGUCUGCCAAACAUCGUCGACCACAUCUCAGUAGUCAACAACACUGAUGUCUGGCCAGAAGUCUUCUGCGUAGGCAGCGCAAUGUGGAUCCAGUUGUUUUUUAGCGCUUCUUUCUGGUGGACCUUUUGUUAUGCGGUUGACGUCUUCCUGGUGGUGAAAACAUCUGCGGGAAUCAGCACCAUUAUACUCUACCACAUGAUUACAUGGGGCCUGGCUGUGCUGCUGUGUGUUGAAGGAGUGGCCAUGCUGUACUAUCCAUCUAUUUCUGACUGUGAGCAGGGCCUCCAACAUGCUAUUCCUCACUAUGUCACCACAUACGCACCGAUGCUGCUCGUUCUCAUAGCCAACCCUGUGUUUUUUAAUCGGACCGUAUCUACUGUGACAUCUUUGCUGAAAGGACGACAAGGAAUCUAUACGGAAAAUGAGAGGCGGCUGGCGAAUGAGAUAAAAAUACGCUUCUUUAAAAUUAUGCUGGUGUUCUUUAUUUGCUGGGUUCCCAACAUCAUUAAUGAGAGCCUCCUCUUCUACCUGGAGAUGCAGACAGACAUCAGUGACAAUAGUUUGAGGAAUAUCAGGAACACAGCGCUCAUCACAUGGUUUAUCAUGGGUAUACUGAACCCCAUGCAGGCUUUCCUUAACACCCUGGCCUUUCAUGGCUGGACAGGCUUUGACAUUGACUUCAGCCUGCAGCAGAGGAGGGAGCUGGUCUGGGACUCUGUCUCUACUUCAGCAGCUAACAUGACUUCCCAUAACCCUGUGGUGGGAACUACUCUGCUUUACCAGAGUCACGUCCAGGAAUCACAGAAGAACAUGAUGGGAAACGGGCAACACCACUCUGAUGCCAUCAGCGUCCUCUCAGAAGGUUCAGAGUCUAGUACAGUUGAAAUCCACAUUUCCAGCGAGCUACAAGACUAUGAGGAUGUAGACGCAGACGGAGAAUCCUUGGAGAACUCUGUGAGGCACUAACUGGGGUCGUCCACAAACCACCUUCCUCCACUUUGCUGCACCGCAUUGUUUUUGCGGUCACUUUUUUUGUAGAUGGUCUCCCAUUAAGCCUUUGUUUUCCUGCUGAGAUUUGAACUGGUCAUGAGUUUCAUUAUUUGGUAUGACAGACUAAGCCUCAUUCCUGAGUCCAAUCCUUUUUUUUUUUUUUAAACCCUUUCCAUAAAAAGAAAAAAAUAAAAGUGCUACGUUUCAGACCCAUCAACUCAACAGUCCCAGAACGAACACGGCUGACCUUUAAAAGUACUUUAAGUGCUUGAAGAAGCAUUUUUUCAAAUUCUUUAAAUUGCAUACACUGAUUUUGUGACAAGAAUCAUUUACAUUAAGCUGUAAAAGCCCCACAAAAUAAGCUAAAUAACUAAUCUUAAAACAAAGUUAUUGUAUUGCCAGGUGUCCAUGUUGUAUUUUUACACACAUGUAUUUCAUGCUAUAUUAAAUAUCUAAAUAUCUUUUACACUUUUGACUCAAAAGCCUUUCAAUUUUUCCCCAAAUCUACAAUAUGUUAAUGAGCUCAAGAAAAAGGGGGGGGGAAACACACAAUUCAAGACAAAGGCUUGAGUUCUGUUAUCAAAAUAGAGUAAUUUAUUUGAGACACUGAAUGACUUCAAUGUUUUUUUUUUUCUUGGAAACAGGUGACAGACCCUGGAUCAGGGUGAAAAAGAUAGUAGCCGUCACAGCGCUUAUUCCAUAUUGGGCUCCUUAGCAUGCCAAGAAUGGCCACUGACCUACAGCCCAAUGCUCAGUCUGACACAGACAAUAAUGGCUCUUAGCAAAUUUAAAAAAAAAAAAAGUAGUCAAAAAAAAAAUUAAA